AUGUUAAAUAAUAGAAGUGAGAAUUUUAAUUUCAAUGAAUCAAAAAAUAACAAUGAAAAUAAUACUAGUGAGAACUUAAAUAAUUUCUGUAAAUCCUUUAAUAGUUCAAUACCAUUAGAAAAAAAUAAAAAAAAUACUAUUCCACUUAAUAUCAAUGAUACUUUUAAUUCAGAAUCAAAAGGAGAUAACUUAGAAAUUUAUGUUGAAAAUAUGCUUAACGAAUUAAAAAAUAAAAUGCAAAAUCUAUCAAAUAACUUAUUAAGUAAAGUAGAUAAUAUGGAAAAAUCUUUAGAAGACUUAGAAAACAUAAUGAUUGAUUUUACAAAUAAAAACAAUUAA